GCGCAGCCGCGGAGGGGCAGCGGGGCCAUGGCGGCGGCUUGGCUCUGCGCAGUCAGGACUACAGCCUGCACAGCAGCACCUUUUGGGAGAUCUCUACAGAAGGAGCUCUGGACAAGGCCAUGGAAAAGGGAAGCUGCUGGCCUGCCCUGGAUUGCUGGUUCAUGGCAGUGUUUGCAGUCACAAACCCAGCGAGCUCACGGUGUCAGGAGUUAUCUCAGGAGACCCCGAAAGCCGUCCGUGUGUCUGUCCCACUUGGCCCCUGCUGCUGUGGUCCAGCAGAAGGCUGUGGAUGGGAGGACAGAAGAGUUCAAACUGGUCUACAGGUUCCCAGGGAUAAAAUACUGCAGGGUCCUGUCGAGACUGAAGCUGCUGCAGACUGCCACCUCCAUGAUCAUGCUGCCUCCCAUCUGCUACCUCUACCUGCAGGGCCAGGUGUCCCAGAAUAUCCUCCUCUACACAACUGGCAUUGCUGUCUUUGCUGGGGCAAUGUUGUAUGGUAUGAGCUACUUUUUCAGAAGAAUUAUUGGAUUCAUCUACUUAAGUGAAACUGGACAAACUGUCAGAGUGGCCCACUUGACAUUUUGGGGAAGACGUAAUGACAUUUACUGCCCCAUAGAGACAGUGGUGACUUUGGAUGAAGUUGGAGAUAGCAAGGACGAGCUCCUUCACCAGUUCAAGCGCUAUAACAGUACAGAUACUUUGUAUUUUACAAUUAAGUAUGGCCAGAUUGUAGAUAGACAGAAAUUUACUCAAAUAUUUGGAGAAUCUGUGUGACACAGCAGCUCAUUUCCAAUGACUUUCCAUGUUCCAUGUCCAUUGUGCUUAUUCCAUGGGGUUUAAGUAGUUCACCAAACUACACAUCCCUGUCCUUUUCCUGGGCAAAGCCUGUUGUAAGUGCACCCAGUGUACAAAGUCACAGUGGUAAGGCACAGCCCACUGGAUUAAAGGUUUUGCAGCUUGUGUAUGGUGUGAGGAGUGUCUGUUCCAUGUAGCAUUCAGUAAUGUCACAGCAUUCCAAGCCUGAACUGUCCUUGGAAUGUGCCAUAGGAGGCCAAAUUGGUCUCUUUGGUGGUUAUGAAACAUGAAAAAUCUCUUGAAAUGAAAUGCAGGAACUGCCAGAGCACCCUCACUUCAAACUCAAUGUUUCUUUUAGCUCAUUUCAGGUUGGCUGGGAAGCCUCUGGAAAUUAAAGCUGGUCUGGUACAUCCAUAUGAUGGGUACUGCUGAAUGUCAGAGAGGGACAUGCUCAUGUAUCAAUGCAGCUGAGGGAACUGGGAAGGUGCGUGGGCUGUCCUGGCCUCAGGAGAGUCCUCCAGGAUGGGAGUGGAGCUGGGCAAAAGAGACACUGGCAGCUCAGCUGUUAAGUUCAAGGCUGGGACAAUAUUUCAGGAACCUCUUACAGAAAUUGCCAUUCUUCAUUGGAAUGGGAAAAGCAGUGCCUGUCUCCAUGAAGGAUUGUGGUCUUGUUCCAUGGUACUGGUAUGAUUCCUCCUUUUCCAAAACCUCGGUAGAAAUGAGGUAUUUAAACCCAAGAAAGAACCAAACAUAUCACCUAUAACAUGUAACAUGUUUUUGAAUUGUCAAAAGCUACACCCCUCUUCUAGUUCUAGCUUAAUUUGAAACUGACAAAUAAACUGACUCUCACCAA